AAGAAACAGUACAGUUUCUCCCACCUCAUCAUUACCAGUCACAAAGCAGAAAAUGAUUGACAACUUACCCACCAAGACUUUACUAAAGUCGUGAAGUUCCAUUUAUGACUAUAUUUCUGAUGGUAGAAAAAAGGCUCUGCCAGACUGACACUGAAAUAAACAUCGUGUUGACAUUGUAUUUCACAAAAAACAGGGUCGCAGAAACGAUUUUUUCCCUAGACGGAGAUACAUGUAAGAUUGCUAUAAUCUUUUCUGGUAGGUUGGAAGGGCUCUAACAUUAAAGAGGGAGUCAUUUCUGUGUACUGAAACUGUAAAGCUUUUUUUGCGAAGAAAGAAAAAAAAAUCAGUAUUUGGUUUUCUAACCAGCAUCACCUAAUCAUUUGUCGCAGCUCGGAAUUCCUACUUAUUGAAACUUUUAUUUUUCUUGGAGAAUGGAGAUGAGAUCUACGGUAGAUGGUUGACUUUCUCUUCCUGCCAGAAAAUGCAUUCUUUAAAUUUUACACCAGAGGAGUUUGCUAUGCUCCUGAAGGAGAACAAUGUUACAAAAAAGCAAUUCAUCCAAAUGUAUCAUUUACAGCCUUUGGUGUACAUCCCAGAGCUGCCAACGCAUACCAAGAUAAUUUUCGUUGCCAUUUGUGUUAUCAUUUUCGCAUUAGCAGUUUUUGGAAACUCUUUAGUUCUCUAUGUGGUUACCCGGAGGAAAGCCAUGAGAACUGUCACUAAUAUCUUCAUCUGCUCUUUGGCAGCUAGUGAUUUGCUAAUCGCUUUCUUCUGCAUCCCCUUUACUAUGCUGCAAAACAUAUCCUCGAACUGGUGGGGUGGUGAAUUUGCAUGCAAGAUGGUUCCAUUUGUUCAGUCGACAGCCAUUGUGACUGAAAUCCUUACCAUGGCAUGUAUAGCAGUGGAAAGACACCAAGGAAUUGUUCAUCCCCUCAGAAUGAAAUGGCAGUAUACCAACAGAAGAGCUUUCACAAUGCUUGGGAUUGUGUGGCUUGUAGCAGCUGCUUUUGGUGCCCCAGUAUGGCAUGUGCAAAGAUUAGAGGUUAAAUAUGAUUUUUUGUAUGAACAGCACUAUGUGAGUUGUUUAGAAGAAUGGAAAAAGCCUCUUCAUCAGAAAAUAUAUUCAACGUUUAUUCUUGUGAUACUGUUUCUUCUCCCCCUUACAAUAAUGGUUGUGCUGUACAGUAAAAUUGGCUAUGAACUCUGGAUCAAGAAAAGAGUUGGGGAUGCCUCAGUGCUUCAAACCAUACAUGGAAGUGAAAUGUCCAAGAUAUCGAGAAAAGAGAAAAGGUGCAUACUACAAGGUAUGCUCAUUAUAGCAUUCUUUGGUGUGUGUUGGUGCGACCAUCAUAUAUCACAUAUAGUCCAAGAAUAUAGUAAUUUUGAACAUGAUCACGAUGACGUUACUAUCAAAACUGUUUUUGCGGUAGUACAGAUCAUUGGAUUUUUCAACUCUAUUUGCAAUCCUAUUGUAUAUGCUUUCAUGAAUGAGAACUUCAAGAAAAAUUUUGUUUCUGCAGUUUGCUUCUGUGUAUUAAAAGAGAAUAGUUCGCCUCCCAGGUGCCUUGGUAAGUUCCAGUGCUCCUCAGUAAGCCAACAAAAAUCAAGCUUCUCAAGAAAGGACAAUUCUAUAGAUGAAAGCAAAAGAGAGGGUUUUAAUGACAGUAACAUUGAAGUCAAAUUCUGUGAUCAACCACCACCUAAAAAGAAUAAUAAAAGACACAUUACAUUGUUUGUUUCUGAAGUCACAGUGCACUCUGCACAUGUGAGUGGACACUAAAUGAGCAUUUUCUCACGCUAGCUAUAAUAUGUGCAUGCUGCCUGCAAAGGGGAGCAAUACUCUGAAUUUUGUAUUACAUGAAAUGUUUCUCCUUUCAUUGUUGUGUUAGCUGCAUGUACUUAAGUCAGCUUAGUCAUCCAUUCAUGAAUAAAAAUUAAUAUGAAAGUU